GUGGAGAUUUUUAUGGUUCCAGGUGUAGCAGAUAGGUUCGUGCCGUGAAACUCCCAAUCUCACUCUCAUUCUCACGUUCUGACCAGUGGCACAACACAAGAUUCACUGUACGUACAACUCCAUAAUUUUGUGGCUCACAGAUAUAACACAGCACACUCUCAUCUCAACUUUCCUCAACUUCUUCGCUCCGCUUAGCCAUUAACUGCUUCACUUCUUCCUCAGACUAUGAAACUGUCGCAGGCAUUGGUGCGACCACCCUCACCAACUUCACCACCUUUAAUCCGCUCCCAAAAUUCCAUCUUGACCUCAAAUGGAAUUAGAAGGGUCUUUGUGUUCGGGUGCCAAAGCCUCAGGAUCCCCAGUUGCGUCUGCAGCAACUCGGGACCCGCUGUUUCUUCUUCUGCGGCGAAUCCUUCUUCGCCGCCGCAUGUUGCUUCCAAGUCUGGAUAUGAUUCUGUGGUCACUCAGGAACAGUCGGAGAAGUUGGAGGCCUUAGAGGAAGGCAUUGAGAAGGCGAUUUAUAGGUGCCGGUUUAUGGCUAUUCUGGGAGUUUUUGGGUCUUUAAUGGGAUCAUUUCUUUGUUUUAUCAAGGGCUGCGUAUUUGUUACCUCGUCGUUUAUGGAAUACUUUGUAAACCGCAGUAAAGUAAUCCAAACGCUAAUAGAAGCUAUUGAUGUGUAUCUUUUAGGAACUGUGAUGCUGGUCUUUGGAAUGGGUCUCUAUGAGCUCUUUGUCAGUAAUCUUGGCAGUGCAAGCUCUCUUCCAGAUCAAAAACCUUCUGACAGAUCAAGUCUCUUUGGUUUGUUCACUCUAAAGGAACGACCAAAAUGGCUGAAUAUAAAAACUGUGGAUGAACUGAAAACGAAGCUUGGUCACGUCAUAGUGAUGCUGCUUCUGAUUGGAUUGUUUGACAAAAGUAAGAAAGCUUGCAUACAAACUCCUGUGGAUCUGCUAUGCUUCUGUGUUUCUGUUCUCCUUUCUUCUAGUUGCCUCUUUUUGCUGUCUAAGCUGAAUUAGGCAAAAUGAUGUUCACAUACAUGUAAAGUAAGGAUCACAACCAGUGAUACACACCCAUAAAGUGAAGAAUAAAUGUACCUAUCACUUGCUUUUGCUCUGUAUAUAUUACAAUGAAUAUGCAAUUGUCUUCUA